CUACUACCAGUAUGGUAAUUCUUGAACUCAACACUCAAGCCAGUCCUAGAGAGAGAGUAGAGAGAGAGAGAGAUGGCGAUCAGGAUACCUCCACGUCAGCUCUUCAUCGACGGCGAAUGGAGAGAACCUGUGAAGAAGCAUCGUAUUCCCAUCAUCAAUCCUUCAACCGAAGAGAUCAUAGGAAAUAUUCCGGCUGCUACUGCAGAAGAUGUGGAACUCGCAGUGAGUGCUGCUCGGAGGGCCCUAUCCCGAAACAAAGGGAGAGACUGGGCCUCUGCAACUGGGGCACAUCGCGCAAAGUAUUUGCGAGCUAUUGCUGCAAAGGUAACAGAGAGAAAGGCUGAACUCGCGAAACUUGAAGCAAUUGAUUGCGGGAAACCGCUGGAUGAAGCAGCAUGGGAUAUAGACGAUGUUGCUGGGUGUUUCGAGUACUAUGCCGACCUUGCUGAAGCUUUGGAUGCAAAGCAAAAGUCUCCUGUUUCUCUUCCAAUGGAGGCAUUCAAGUGUCAUGUUCUCAGGGAACCCAUUGGGGUUGUUGGGUUGAUUACUCCAUGGAAUUACCCUCUAUUGAUGGCUACAUGGAAAGUUGCUCCUGCCCUGGCUGCUGGAUGCGCUGCAAUCCUCAAGCCAUCAGAGUUGGCAUCUGUUACCUGUUUGGAGUUGGCUGAAGUGUGUAAAGAGGUGGGUCUUCCUCCGGGUGUCCUUAAUAUUCUGACUGGAUAUGGCGUAGAAGCAGGUGCCCCUUUGGCAUGUCAUCCUGAUGUUGACAAGGUUGCAUUUACUGGAAGUUCUGCCACUGGGAGAAAGAUCAUGACUGCUGCAGCUUCAGUUAUUAAGCCUGUUACACUUGAGCUAGGUGGAAAAAGUCCCAUUAUUUUGUUUGAGGAUUUUGAUCUUGAUAAGGCUGCCGAGUGGACUAUUUUUGGUUGCUUUUGGACAAAUGGUCAGAUUUGCAGUGCAACAUCUCGUCUUAUAGUGCAUGAAAGCAUAGCUGCGGAAUUUUUAGACAGGCUCGUAAAGUGGAUAAAAAACAUUAAAAUUUCAGAUCCCUUGGAAGAAGGUUGCCGGCUUGGCCCUGUUGUUAGUGAAGGCCAGUAUGAGAAGGUAAUGCAAUUCAUCACAACAGCCAAGAAUGAAGGUGCAACCAUCUUGUGUGGUGGAGUUCGUCCUCAGCAUUUGAAGAAGGGAUUUUUCAUUGAACCAACCGUCAUAACCGAUGUAACUACCUCCAUGCAAAUUUGGAGAGAGGAAGUUUUUGGACCUGUUCUGUGUGUUAAAACAUUUAGUACUGAAGAUGAAGCUAUUGAACUAGCAAAUGACACCCAAUACGGCUUAGGUGCAGCUGUGAUAUCCAAAGAUCUGGAAAGGUGUGAGCGCGUAACUAAGGCUCUUCAGGCAGGUAUUGUCUGGGUCAACUGCUCACAACCGUGCUUCUGUCAAGCUCCAUGGGGGGGCAAUAAGCGUAGUGGUUUUGGCCGUGAAUUAGGGGAAUGGGGGCUGGAAAACUACUUGAGCUUGAAGCAGGUCACGCAGUACAUCUCUGAUGAACCAUGGGGGUGGUAUCAGUCUCCUUCAAAGCUGUAAAAACCUCUCGAUGGACUUUAUUCCAGAUUACACGAAAUAAGUGUCUCCAGUAAAACCUUAACUAUGGCGUAGUGCACACAAUCUGAAGAAAAGCUUUGGUACGGCGUAUGAACACAAUCUUGUACUUUCCUUGUGCAAUAUAUGUUCAUCUAGAGAGUUGUACUAAGGUGUAAUCUCAUUGUGAGAAUGGGUUCUUAGCGAGUUCAUAGAGCCAUACCUGUCUGAGGACUAGAGAUGGCUUAGUUCUGUUUGAACUUAAAAUGUAAACCUAACUGAACUUGUCAACAAAAACAUAGUUUUUUUUUACAGAUCCGUUGUAUGGCGCAAUAAUUCGCCUUAUCAAUUCCCUUAAUUCUUAGUUCCUUUUUACUGCU